AGUCAUCCCCAAGCUUUCCUUGGCUUGCUCUCCUAAGUCCUAAUCUCUCUCUCUCUCGGUCUAUUCUUCUGAGGUCGAAAAAUCCCAACCCAAUACUCAAACCCUAAAGGCCUCGUCGAUUCACAGCGCUCGCGUUGAAUGAAUGCCUAAGGAGAAGAAGAAAAGGACAAAGUGAUGGAGACGCAGUUCAAUCACAAUCUAUUCGAAAGGCGCCCCAUUGUCAAGUCCAAGACCCCCGCCGUUAAAUGGUUCAAAGAGUGGGUUCCCCAAGAUGUUGUAGCAACUGGUGGGAAGUGCUCUCUCUUGAAAUGGGUCACAGGGGAAACCUUGAACGCCUUGAAAGAGAAGGCAAAAGAGCCAGAGGUACCAGAGCCAGAACCAGAACCGACGACUGAAGUACUUUUCCUUUGCAGCUAUGAAGGCUGUGGCAAGACCUUUAUUGAUGCUGGUGCCUUGAGGAAGCAUUCUCACAUCCAUGGAGAGAGACAAUAUGUGUGUCACUAUGAAGGGUGUGGAAAGAAAUUUUUGGAUAGUUCGAAAUUGAAAAGACACUUUCUCAUUCAUACUGGAGAAAGAGAUUUUGUAUGUCCUCAUGAAGGCUGUGGUAAGGCAUUUUCUCUGGAUUUCAACCUAAGGUCGCACAUGAAAACACAUUCACAAGAAAACUAUCAUAUAUGCCCUUACCCAGAUUGUGGAAAGCGAUAUGCUCAUGAGUACAAGCUAAAGAACCACAUUGCAUCUCACCAUGAAAAGAGUGUGAGCGUGGAGGUGACAAAAUACACCCCCCCUUCAGAUAAGCCGAACAAAACUCCCAAGCCUUCUUCUGGGGCUUAUGGCUCUGCAUCAUCUGACCGCCCUUAUGCUUGUCCUUACGAAGGGUGUGAAAAGGCCUACAUCCAUGAAUACAAGCUUAAACUCCAUUUGAGGGAUAGGCAUCGUGGCCACGUGUCUGAUGAGAAUGCAGAGAAUGCCGCUGCUAAUGCUGAUAAUGAGAUGGAUGAAGCCAGUGACCAAGAUGCCUAUGGUGGAAAACGUGGGAAUGGCAAAAAUCAGAAACAAAGCAGGCCCAAACCAAACUUGAAAUUGCCUACUCCGAAAGUCGCGCAGCGUAAAGGGUCGAUUCCAUCUUCUAUCCCUGUGAGUGUAUCGAAAAAACCAUGGCCGAGCAAAGAAGAAGCUUACGAGGAAGAAGAUAGUGAAGAAACAGAGGAAGAUCGUGACAAUGUUGAGGAUGGUUGGAGGUAUGGGGAAAACAAUGACGACGAUGACGAAGAGACAGAGUUUGAAGACUAGAUCUUAAUCAUGGCACUCUGAAUGUAACCCACCUUUUCACCUUCUUUUUCUUUUCUACAUAUCCCAUUAAUGUUUGAAUUGUCGAUGGGCUUAAUUACCCAUUUUGUAUUCCAAGCAUAUAAAGAAAAUAGCAAUUCCGAUUGAAAUUGUCAAUA